AUGUCACCUUCAGCAGUCAGUCAGGAGGAUGUUGCCAACCUGCCAUUGCAACUCAAUGGCAAACAAACCGGAGUUGAGCAUGUCAAGAUGGAGGAGCACGAAAAGACAGACUUCGUGCUGCGAACAUUUAGAUGUUUGAUCGCAGAUUUGUGUCAUCAGUUCGGCUGUGGUCACCCUGGGAGUGCCAUGGGAAUGGCAGCCAUUGGUGUUGCUCUCUGGAAAUACGCCAUGAAGUACUCUCCAUCAAACCCAGACUUCUUCAACAGAGAUCGGUUUGUACUAAGCRACGGUCACGCAUGUCUGUUCCAGUACACGUUUCUGCAUCUGGUGGGAUACAAGCAGAUGACCUGGGRGCAGUUACUUACUUACCACUCCCCUCGAUACGAUUCCAUCACUCCUGGACACCCGGAAAUCGAAAUCGAUGGUAUUGAAGUAACGACCGGUCCUCUUGGACAGGGUGUUGCGAAUGCCGUCGGCCUUGCAAUGGCAACCAAGAAUCUGGGGUCGACCUACAACCGUCCAGGCUACGAUCUCGUCAACAACAUGACUUGGUGCAUGAUCGGGGAUGCAUGUCUGCAGGAGGGUGUUGGUAUGGAAGCGUUCCAACUUGCGGGCCACUGGAAACUGAACAACUUGUGUGUCAUGUACGACAGGAACGAAAUUACCUGUGAUGGAUCCGUCGAUAUUUGCUCCUCGGAUGAUGUCAACGCAAAGAUGCGAGCUGUCGGUUUCGAGGUCAUUGAGAUUGCGGACGGCAACAACGAUGUUGAAGCCAUCGUCAAAGCCAUGAUCCAAGCAAGAGCUUCAAAGAACAAGCCGACUUUCAUCAACAUUCGAACGGACAUUGGCUUUGGAAGCAAAGUUGCUGGUAACGCGAGUACUCAUGGUGCAGACCUUGGAACCGAAGACAUCAUCCACAUCAAGAAGAGCUUCGGCAUGGACCCGGGAAAGCACUUUGUUGUCUCCGAUGAGGUUUACGAUUACUUCAGAGAAGCCGUUCCACGAGGCCAGCAGCUUGAGAAGGAUUGGGCAUCGCUUCGUGAGAGCUACGGCAACGAGUACUCUGAUCUUGCGGCUGAGUUUGACAAGCGUGUAAAGGGUGAGAUGAUUGCGGACUGGACGAAACUUAUCCCCAAACUUGAAGACUUUCCCACGGAAGCUACACCAACCAGAAAAGCAGCGGGACAGAUCAUCAACCCAAUUGCGCAGAACAUCAACAGCUUGAUGGUCGGCACGGGAGAUCUCACACCCUCUGUUAACAUGGCCUGGAAAGGCAAAGUCGACUUCCAGAACCCAGAUCUGCGAACAGCCUGUGGUCUAAACGGCGACUACUCUGGUCGAUAUAUCCAUUGGGGAAUCCGUGAGCACGGCAUGGCUUCGGCUUCGAAUGGAAUGGCAGCCUUCAACAAGGGCACGAUCCUGCCAAUAACAUCCAGCUUCUUCAUGUUCUACAUCUACGCCGCUCCAGGUCUCCGAAUGGGUGCUCUCCAGGGACUCCAAGCAAUUCACAUCGCAACGCACGACUCAAUUGGAACUGGCGAGGAUGGACCAACUCACCAGCCCAUCGAGCUUGCGGCACUCUAUCGCUCCAUGCCAAACUUCUUGUACAUCCGUCCAGCGGACGGUGAGGAGACAGCAGGUGCCGUCAUCGUCGCCAUGAAUGCCAAGGACUCUCAAUCGAUGAUCUCCGUUUCGAGACAGAAGCUCCCACAAUACCCAAAGCACUCCAGUCGCGAUGGCGUCGCCAAGGGUGCCUAUGUGUUCAUCGAGGAGAAGGAUGCGGACGUCACGCUCAUUGGUGUCGGCGCGGAGAUGCGUUUCGCUGUAGAAGCUCGUGAUGCGCUCGUUCAGUACGGCAUCAAGGCUCGUGUUAUCAGCUUCCCUUGUCAGCGGCUUUUUGAGACGCAACCCAAAGAAUACAAGCGAGAAGUCUUGGGUACCGCGCCACGAGUCGUUGUAGAGGCCUACUCACCUUACGGCUGGGAACGUUGGGCUGAUGCUGGUUACUCUAUGCAUUCGUUCGGGCAGUCGUUGACUGGCAACCACGUGUAUGAGCGCUUCAACUUCAAUGCCGAGAAGAUUGCYAACAAGGUGAAAGGCUUGGUCGAGGAAGUCAAGAAGGAUGGCAUUGAGAUCUUGCGUGGCGACUGGAGGGACUUGAACUAUGAUUACCCAAGGGAUGUCCAGUUUGCGGCGUACCAUGAAAAGCACUGA